AUGGAAAAGAUGAUAAAACAGCAAGAGUUAACUAGUAAGAACCAUGAAGCUUCAAUGAGGAAUCUGGAAAGGAGUGGAAGAACCUUGGUGAAUGACAAAGAAGCUAACAAGAGGCAAGCUGAGAAUGAUGAGGCCAACAGCAAGGAAGAAGUGACACUUAAGGAAAAGGACCAAGAAAGGCUCAAGGAGAAAGAGGAACAGCCACAAGCUUCAAAGAAAGGAAAGCAAAUCAUAGAGGAGCAUCCACCAGAACAGAGGAAGAUGGUGAAGCCUUACACUCCUCCUCUGCCAUAUCCUCAAAGGUUUCAAAAGGAGAUCAAAGACCAACAGUUCCCCAAGUUCCUAGAAGUCUUUAAGAAGCUGGAAAUCAAUAUUCUACUUGUUGAAGCAUUGAAGCAGAUGCCUCUAUAUGCAAAGUUCUUAAAAGAACUCAUCAACAAGAAGAGAAGCUGGAAUGAAAAAGAGAUAGUGAUCUUGACACAAGAAUGCAGUGCAUUGAUCCAAGAAGGCCUCCCACCAAAACUCAAAGACCUUGGGAGUUUCUUUUUGCCUUGUACCAUUGGUAACAUAUCCAUUGAUAAGGCACUGUGUGAUUUAAGAUCUAGUAUCAACCUGAUGCCUUUAUCCAUGAUGAGAAGGCUAUUUAUAGAAGAAGUGAAGCCUACACAGAUGUCAUUGGAGCUAGUGGAUAGAUCACUGAUAAUUCCUAAGGGUGUAAUUGAAAAUCUCUUGGUCAGAGUAGGAAAAUUCAUAUUUCCAGUAGAUUUUGUAAUCAUGGACCUAGGUGAAGAGGGGAGUGAUUCUAUUAUACUGGAAAGACUUUUCUUAGACACAGCAAGGGCCAUCAUUGAUGUGGAACAAGGAGAAAUGACCUUAAGGAUACAUGAUGAGAAGAUCAUUCUAAAUGUCUUUUAA